AACACCCAUAAACAUAUGGAAAAAAUAUAACACUUAGUGGAUGACGUGUAUGUUGUGGGUCCUUCGGACUUCCGGGUUUCGUCUAAACAAGCUGCUGACGGAGUCGCCUCGUAAAGAUGUCUAAAGUGACGUUUAAAAUCACGCUGACGUCGGACCCCCGGCUUCCGUACAAAGUACUGAGUGUCCCAGAGAGCACACCCUUCACCGCAGUUUUGAAGUUUGCAGCUGAGGAGUUCAAAGUGCCGUCGGCGACCAGUGCUAUAAUAACAAAUGAUGGAAUAGGAAUCAACCCUGCCCAGACAGCAGGAAAUGUGUUUCUGAAACACGGCUCGGAGCUUCGCAUCAUUCCUAGAGACAGAGUGGGAGGACAAGUAGACUGAUGCUGCGACACCAUAAUGACUCAUCCGGCGGAAUCAUAUAACACUUGAGACCCAGGAAUCUCCUCAGCGCGUGUCAUAGUAAUUUUAUUAUUUUUUUGGCCCACAACUGACAGUGACUCACAGGAGAACAUAUAUAUAUAUAUAUAUUUAAAUUUGAUGAUGGCUUGCAAUCACACUUGCAUGCUCCCUGCAUUUAUUUUUUUCAUCUGUAAGUGUAGUUUGCAUCAGAAGAUUGAAAUGAUUACCCAGAAUCCCCCAGAGAUACCGUAUAAUUAUUAUACACAAACACAGCAGCUGCAUCCCGGGAUACAUUUUAGUGGAGAUUAAAAAAAAAGUGAGUCAACAGUUGUAGUUUUUUCUAUCUUUGUAAAUGUCAAUAAAACAAUCCGUGUGACUAACAGCA